AAAAGAAAAGAAAAAAAGAAAAGAGAAAGAAUAGAACAACAUUGCCGUACAAAUCAGUAAUUGGCUGAGAUUUGCAGAGAAGCUCUUCUCUCAACCAAUCAAACCACAUUCUCUCUCUCUCCCUGACCUCUCUUCUAAGUAUCCUUCAAUCCACACAUCAUAAUCGGUCAGUCUCUGAAACUCUGAACUCUGAACUCUGAACUACUACUCUCUUCUUCUUCAUCUUCUUCAUGAUCAUCAUCAUGUUAAACCCUAGCUAGGGUUAGGUUUUUGGCUUUACUGGAUCGUCUCCACAUUCUCAAAUCUGGACCGAUUUGAUGGGAAACUGUUGUAGAUCUCCCGCAGCGGUCGCAAGGGAGGACGUGAAGUCGAACUUCGCAGGUCACGAUCAUGGCCGAAAGGACAGAUAUGGAGGUGAUACUGGUUCCGGAGGCAAGAAGACUAUCACAGUCUUACCUGAUGCUCCUAAGGAAGCGAUCGAGGAGACGUACAUGGUUGAUAGAGAAUUGGGUCGAGGUGAGUUUGGUGUAACUUACUUGUGUAUUGAUCGUGAUACUAGAGAACUUUUGGCAUGUAAAUCGAUUUCGAAGCGGAAGCUUCGGACGACGGUGGAUAUUGAGGAUGUGAGGCGAGAGGUGGCGAUCAUGAAGCAUUUGCCGAAGAAUUCGAGUAUUGUGAGCUUGAAGGAGGCGUGUGAGGAUGACAAUGCGGUUCAUUUGGUGAUGGAAUUGUGUGAGGGUGGGGAAUUGUUUGACCGGAUCGUGGCUCGUGGUCAUUAUACGGAGCGAGCUGCUGCUACUGUCACGAGGACAAUUGUGGAGGUUGUUCAGCUCUGUCACAAACAUGGGGUGAUCCACCGAGACUUGAAGCCCGAGAACUUCCUCUUUGCGAACAAGAAGGAGAAUUCGCCUUUGAAGGCCAUCGAUUUUGGCUUAUCCAUCUUCUUCAAGCCAGGUGAAAAAUUCUCUGAAAUUGUUGGAAGUCCAUACUACAUGGCUCCAGAAGUGCUCAAGCGUAAUUAUGGACCUGAAAUAGAUAUAUGGAGUGCAGGAGUGAUUCUAUACAUCCUACUGUGUGGGGUUCCUCCAUUUUGGGCUGAGUCAGAGCAAGGGGUUGCACAGGCCAUUCUCCGCGGGCUAAUAGAUUUUAAACGGGAUCCAUGGCCAAAUAUUUCGGAGAGUGCAAAGAGUCUUGUUCGACAGAUGUUGGAGCCUGACCCAAAAGUCCGGUUAACUGCAAAGCAAGUGCUUGAACAUCCUUGGCUCCAAAAUGCUAAGAAGGCUCCAAAUGUUCCCCUUGGAGAUGUUGUCAAGUCACGGCUUAAACAGUUUUCUAUGAUGAACAGAUUCAAGAGGAAAGCCUUGAGGGUUAUUGCUGAUCAUUUAUCCAUUGAAGAAGUUGAAGACAUCAAAGAAAUGUUUGAGAAGAUGGACAUAGAUAAUGAUGGUAUUGUUUCAAUUGAGGAACUGAAAGCUGGACUUCAAAAAUUUAGCUCUCCGCUUGCAGAAUCUGAUGUGCAAAUGCUAAUUGAAGCUGUUGAUACCAAUGGGAAAGGAAAACUUAAUUUUGGAGAAUUUGUUGCUGUAUCCCUUCAUCUACAAAGAAUGGCCAAUGAUGAGCAUCUUCGCAAGGCCUUCUCCUAUUUUGACAAGGAUGGCAAUGGUUAUAUUGAUCCAGAAGAGCUCCAGGGUGCCUUGAUGGAGGAUGGAACCAUCACCAGUGCAGAUGUGGCAAAUGACAUCUUCCAAGAAGUAGACACUGACAAGGAUGGGAAAAUCAGCUAUGAGGAAUUUGCUGCAAUGAUGAAAACUGGAACAGAUUGGAGGAAGGCUUCUCGACACUACUCAAGAGGGAGGUUCAAUAGCCUAAGUGUAAAGCUGAUGAAAGAUGGUUCUUUAAACAUGGGCCAUGAGUAGCAUAUAACCGUUGGUAUAUCUCACUGGUCAAUACAAAUCCUUGGGACAUUUUCUUGGACUAUAUAUUUUUUUUUCUUCUUUCACUUCCCCUUGAUAUUUUUGUGGGGACCUUAAUUCAGCCGGCCCCUAUGAUUGGUGGCUUACAAGGGUCCUGGAGAGGAGAGUUAAUUGUUGUCCAUUUUCUUCCACUGUUAAAUGAGUAGGAACAGUGUCUUCUGGCUCCAUUAUGUAUGAUUCUAUCCUGUCUUACCAUAUCAACCUCCAGUGUGUAUUCCAUGUGCAGAACUUGUAUUCGUGGGAUUAGUAGCAGUGUAGUAUUUCCUUGUAAAAGAAAUUUUUAGGCUUGGUGUUCCAUGUUAUCUGUUGGGUUGUAGUUGGGAUGAGAAUAGAUUUAGUUUAUAUUA